UUCUUCCACCCCUUGGUGGAAGCAUGAAGUCUUCUUGAGCUUCACAAGUGAGGAUUCAGGUAAUAACUUCACCGAUCAACUCCACACAGCUCUAGUCCAAGCUGGGUUCCACACCAUUGGAUACGACAAGGAACUCCAUGGAAAAGAGGGUAUGAGUUCAGAACUACUGAAAGCCAUUGAAGAAUCGAGGGUUUCCAUCGUCGUCUUCUCCACCAACUAUGCUUCUUCAAGAUGUUGCCUUAAUGAGCUUGUGAAGAUGAUGGAUUGCAGGAGAAAGAUAGGCCAAACUUUUCUUCCUGUUUUCUAUUGUGUGGAUCCCUCUGAUGUUCGAAAACAGAGAGGGUGCUUAGCAGAUGCGUUUACCAAACACGAAGAGUGUUUCAAGGAGGAGAUGGAUAAGGUGGAGAAUUGGAGGAGAGCUCUUACUGAAGCUGGGAAUAUGUCUGGUUGGCAUAUCAAAGAUUUUGCUAAUGGGUACGAGCCAAAGUUUAUAGAUGCAAUUGUUGAUGAGGUUUCAACUAAAGUGACUCGAGUACACUUGAAUGUUGCAAAAUAUGCAGUUGGAAUAGAAUCCCGUUUAAAAGGUAUGAGGUAUUUCUUAAGUGAUGGAUUAGAUGUGCGUAUUGUAGGAAUCCAUGGUAUAGGUGGAAUAGGUAAGACAACCAUUGCUCGAGCCAUUUUUAACCUGAUCUCUCACAAGUUCGAUGGUAGUAGUUUUCUUGCAAAUAUUCGAGAAGUUUCGAAGCAACCAAAUGGUCUUAUUUGUCUACAAGAGCAACUUCUCUCUGAUGUUCUUAAGAGAAAAAAGUUGGCAAUAAGCUACAGUGAUAGAGGAAUCGUUGUGAUUAAACAAAGGCUUCGUUGUAAAAAGGUCCUUCUUGUUCUAGAUGAUGUUGAUGAAGCAAAUCAACUAUAUGCAUUGGCUGGAAAUCACAAUUGGUUUGGCUUGGGAAGUAGAAUCAUGAUAACAACCAGAGAUGAGCAUUUGCUAAAUAUGAUUGGAGUGGAUGAAAAAUAUAAAGCUAAAGAAAUGGAUCACCAAGAAUCUCUUCAACUCUUCAGUUGGCAUGCCUUUGAGCAAGAUCAUCCUAUAGUGGAUUAUGUAGAGCUUUCAAAGGAAAUAAUAUCUUGUGCAAAUGGACUUCCAUUAGCUCUUGAGGUUUUUGGUUCUUUUCUAUCUGACAAAAGAAGCAUACUUGAGUGGGAAAGUGCUUUGGAGAAACUAAAAGAAUUGCCUGAUAGUCAAAUUCAAGAAAAGCUUAAAAUAAGUUAUGAUGCACUUGAUGAUAUGCAGAAGAACAUAUUCCUUGACAUUGCAUGCUUUUUUAUUGGAGUGAACAGAAAUUAUGCAACUAGAAUAUUAGAAGCUUGUGGUUUGUACCCAAAUAUCGAUAUCAGUGUUCUCAUACGUAUGUCGCUUAUAACAAUUGAUGCAUCAAACCAAUUAAGAAUGCAUGAUUUGCUUCGAGAUAUGGGAAGGGAAAUUGUUCGCAAAGAAUCGCCACAGAAUCCCGGAGAACGUAGUAGACUGUGGGCCUUUGAGGAUGUAUGUGAUGUAUUUACAAAACAGACGGGAACGGAAGCAAUUUUAGGUGUUGCAACAAAUUCAACAAGACUAAAAGGGUUGCUGAUAAGUACUGAAGCAUUUGAAAAUAUGCCCAACUUAAAAUUGCUCCAGGUCAAUUAUUUAAACCUCACUAAUCACAAUGGACAUCCUUUUGAGGAGUUUUUACCAUUUUCAAAAGGAAAUAAUCUUUUUGAAAUGUUAAGAUGGUUCUGUUGGCAUGGAUUCCCCUUGAAAUAUAUGCCAACUAAUUUUAAUCUGGAGAAGGUUGUUAUUCUUGACCUACAACACAGCAACAUCAAACAUGUUUGGAAGAGAACCAAGUUUCUUAAGAAUUUGAAGGUCCUUAACCUCAGUCAUUGCCGCCACCUAAUUACCACCCCAGACUUCGCAGGACUCCCGAAUCUUGAGAGACUAGUACUAAAAGGUUGUUCAAGGUUAUGGAAGGUUCACCAAUCAAUUGGUUAUCUUUACAAACUAGUUUUCUUGAAUCUGGAAGAUUGCAAAAGCCUUUGCAACCUUCCAAGCAGCAUAAGUAAAUUGAGAUCUGUUGAAAACCUUAUUAUCUCUGGGUGCUCAAAACUUGAAAAUUUGCCAGAGGGAUUGGGGAACAUGGAAUGCUUAAAGGAGCUUCUUGCAGAUGGAACAGCUAUUAAACAAUUACCCUCUUCAAUUUGGCUUCUGAAGAAUCUUAGAGUAUUUUCAUUGUCUGGAUAUAAGGGAUCAUCUUUAGAAUCUUGGCAUUCAUAUUUAUGGUCUUUGGGAUUACGAAGAAAAAGUCCAAGCUCUCCUCUAGCAGCUUCUUUCUCAGGUUUAUGCUCAUUGAAGCGGCUACUUCUUAGAGAUUGCAGUUUAUCAGAUGGUGCAAUUCCCCAUGAUUUUGGGAGCUUAUGCUUAUUGGAAGAGUUGGAUCUAUCCUACAACAGAUUUUCUAGCUUGCCAACUAGCAUUAGUUGCCUUUCUCGACUUCAGGUCCUUUCUAUAAGUAAUUGCGGAAAACUUCAAUCACUCCCAGAAAUGCCAUCACGUAUAAAAGGCUUGCAUGUAGAUGGUUGUGGUUCUUUGGAAAAAGUAUGGAAUCUGUCAAACUUAAAGAACCUGGAGUCUUUAACAUUUAAUGAUUGCAAGAAGCUGAUUGAAAUUGCAGGAUUAGAGGGUUUGAAGACUCUGCCAACCAUUCAAAUGGAAAGGUGCAAUACUUUAGCAAAUUCCUUCAAGAAUAGUGUUUUUCAGGGAACGGCUGAACGUGGUAUGUUUGAUAUCUUUCUUCCAGGGAGUGAUAUUCCAGAGUGGUUUCACCAUCAAAAUGUGGGUCGUUCAGUAUCAUUCCAGGUUCCUCAUCUACUCUGGGGUUCUAAGAUUCAAGGGUUGAUUAUAUGUGCUGUUUAUGCAGCCGAUGAAGAAUCCAAUUCGUCUACAGGUGGUCCUAAAGCUAAUGUUCAUCAUAAAACCAAAGGCCUUAAGUGGGUCUACUCAUCAAAGGUUAGUCAAAUUGCAAUUACACGUCAAGAUCACAUAUGGGUGAGCAAUAUACCACAUAGUGUGUUUGGGAAUCAAUUAGAAAUCAAUAAUAGAGUCAUUGUCCAAGUAGACAUAGGGAUACCAGUCAAGAUAAAGAAGUGUGGAAUCCAUUUGGUUUAUGUGUCACCUGAGGAGGCUGGCAAAUCAUUCUAUGAAUCAAUUUGUAACAAUUUUGGGCAGCUUGGAAAUUUUAAGGGAAAUAUUUUUUAGGACAGAUUUUGGGGUUGAGAUUAAUGAGAGCUUGUUGGCUCAUUCUUCCAAUUAAGUGGACUUAUUUCUU